AUGGGUACACGAUUCAAGGGCGACACCAAAGACCCGGCAGUCAAUGUCACAACAUGGGUCCUCCUGGUCACGAUCAUCCUCAGUGUCUCAGUCCGACUUGGGACGAAGUGGCGGCUAUUUCAUAAAUUGACCGCCGACGAUGUCCUGAUCGUGACAUCCAUGGCAUUCGGCAUCGCUCAGAGUAUUAUGGUCAACCUUGCUGUCGGAUCCGGCUAUGGGAAACCUUUCAAAGAAGUCUCCAGCGAUCAAUUUGAGGAUGUGAUGAAGUACCUGUACGCGGCGAGUCUUCUGUACAUCGUGAGCCUGGCUCUGUCCAAACUCUCUCUGGCAGUGUUCAUCCGGAGUCUCACUCCGUCCACCCGAGACAAAUUCGUCGCCCAUGUGGUCAAAGGAAUCAUCUAUGUCUGGGCGGUGGUUGUGUUCUUUGGCUCUGCUUUCCAAUGUGAGGUGCCGCGCACCUGGGAUUUCUGGAAUGGCCGAUGCUUGGAUAUUCUGGCAUGGCGCUACUUCCUCUGCGGCUCUGUUAUUGUCACUGACCUGUUGAUCUUCGCGCAGGCGAUGGUCCUGAUCUUGAGCAUUCAAACAUCGCUGCAGAGGCGCCUAAUCUUCGCGGGUAUCUUUUUGCCUCGACUCCUAGUGGUGGUCGCCACGAUCACCGAGCUCACCUACCUCAAAAAGGACACCACUAACCCGACCUAUACCCUGUGCGAGAUCACCAUCUUUGAAGUGAUCAUCCAAUGCCUGAGCAUUGUGACCGCCUGCUGGGGACAACUCAACCCCUUCCUUUCGUGGAUGCGCUCCAACGGAUUCAAGAUCCAAGGCGUGGGGGACACGACUACGUAUAACUAUAAGAUGAGUUCGCUUCGCCGCGACCAGAUCCUCGUUACGCAGGACUGGGAAGUGAACAGUCAAUCGAGCCGGGCGCAGAUCAUCUUGGAGGAGACGUGGCCCGAAAAUACCAGUCAGCGAUCACCUGAUGAACUCAGUAGAUCAUGA